CGGCCGCUCCGCCGGGCCCCGCGGCCGCCCCACGGCUGCCCCACGGCCGCUCCGCCGGGCCCCGCGGCCGCCCCACCGCUGCCCCACGGUCGCUCCGCCGGGCCCCGCAGCCGCCCCGCCGGGCCCCACCGCUGCCCCACCGCUGCCCCACCGCCGGAGCCAGGCGGCACGUGCCGGGAUGAGACCCGGGCCCGCGGCGCUGCUGCUGCUGCUGGGGGUGACGGCGGCAGGCACCGAGGAGUGCGGCCGGAGCGAGUUCCGCUGCGGGGACGGCGCCUGCAUCGCCGGGGCGUGGGUGUGCGACGGCAGCGCCGAGUGCGGGGACGGCUCCGACGAGACGCCGGAGGCCUGCCGCUCCCUCUCCUGCUCCCCGAGCGAGUUCAGCUGCGGCGGCCGCCGGAGCCGGUGCGUGCCGGCCUCCUGGCGCUGCGACGGCCACCGCGACUGCGAGAACGGCUCCGACGAGCUCGACUGCCCCCCCCGAGCCUGCGGCGGGGACCAGCUGCGCUGCGGCGGCGGCGGCUGCGUCUCCCGCGCCUUCGCCUGCGACGGGGAGCGGGACUGCGAGGACGGGGCGGACGAGGCCGGCUGCCCCCCCCCCGCCCCCUGCGGCCCCCACACCUUCCGCUGCAACGACUCGACCUGCGUCCCCCAGCUCUGGGCCUGCGACGGGGACCCCGACUGCCCCGACGGCUCCGACGAGUGGCCCCGCAGCUGCGGCUCCCCCCGGCCCCCCCCCGCCUGCCCCCCACUCCAGUUCGCCUGCGGCUCCGGCGAGUGCGUGCACCGGCGCUGGCGCUGCGACGGCAGCCCCGACUGCCCCGACCGCUCCGACGAGGAGGGAUGCGCCACCACCACGUGCCGCCCGGACCAGUUCCAGUGCCGGGACGGGCGCUGCGUGCUGGGGGUCCGGCAGUGCGACGGCGAGGCCGACUGCCCCGACGGCGCCGACGAGGAGGGAUGCCACAACGUGACCACCUGCGACGGCCCCUACAAGUUCAAGUGCCGCUCGGGCGAGUGCAUCCCGGUGGAGCAGGUCUGCGACCGGCGCCGCGACUGCCGCGACUGGUCCGAUGAGCCCAUCAAGGAGUGCGGGGUCAACGAGUGCCUGGACGGCAACGGCGGCUGCUCCCACGUGUGCCGGGACCUCCGGCUGGGCUACGAGUGCCUCUGCCCGAGGGGCUUCGCCCUGGGCCCCGACGGCAAGAGCUGUGAGGACAUCGACGAGUGCCGGGACCCCCGCAGCUGCAGCCAGCGCUGCCACAACCUGCCCGGCAGCUACAAGUGCGAGUGCGGGGGGGGGUACCGGCUGGACCCCCGCAGCCUCGCCUGCCGCGCCCUCGGCCCCCCCGCCGCCCUCCUCUUCGCCAACCGGCACGAGAUCCGGCGCCUGGCGCUGGACGGCGGCGGGUACCGGCGCGUGCUGGGGCCGCUCAAACACGCCGCGGGCCUCGACGCCGACGUCGCCGCCGGCACCGUCUACUGGGCCGACCUCGCCCAGCGCAAGAUCUACCGGUCGCCGCUGGCCGACGGCAGCCGCCAGGUCGCCGUGGCCGAGCUGGGUCUGGGGUCUGCGGACGGCGUCGCCCUCGACUGGGUCCACGGGAACAUCUACUGGACGGACUCGCGGCUGGGCGCCGUGGCGGUGGCGGGGGGCGGGGGCGCGCGCCGCGCCACGCUGCUGCAGGAGCCGGGGGCCAAGCCCCGCGCCAUCGCCCUGGACCCCCUGCGCGGUUACAUGUACUGGACGGACUGGGGCGGCAGCGCCAAGAUCGCCAAGGGCGGCCUCAACGGCGCCGACUGCUUCGCGCUCGUCACCGAGGGCGUCGAGUGGCCCAACGGGAUAGCGCUGGACCUGCCCUCGCAGCGCCUGUACUGGGUGGACUCGCGGCUCCACACGCUCUCCAGCGUGGACGUGGACGGGGGUCGCCGCCGCACCGUCCUCACCGACCCCCACGUGCUCGCCCACCCCUUCGCCGUCGCCGUCUUCGAGGACACGGUGUUCUGGAGCGACGCGCUGCGCGGGGCCAUCUUCAGCGCCCACGGCCGGACGGGCGCCGGCGUCCGCAGGGUGGCCCAGGGGCUGCCCCCCCCCGAGGACGUCGUCCUGCUGCACCCGCUGCGGCAGCCCCCAGGUACCCCCGCCCCCCGCCCCCUGUCCCCCCGCCCCCUGUCCCCCUGUCCUCCU